AUGGCGACUUCAACAAGUUUAGAGCUAGUUGAAGCAAAACCACAGAGGAAGCCUAAUGUUACUGACAUCAUACCUCCAGUUGAUUUUUCCUUUCUGCGUCUGACAAAUGUGCAAGAAUGUGAAACACAAGAGCCACGAGAUAUAUCUCCCCGCAGACCGCAUCCAAUCAAAACAACAGUAACCCACGAGAAUGGAGAGAAAAAAUAUAUUAGUCGUUGCUUGCGCCUUAACAAUAACAAGUUCACAGAUAUUAACAAUCUGAAGCCCCUGGCCAUGUCAUUGUUUGAUCAUAUCGGCAGAAUUGGAUGGAUAGAUCUUUCUUUCAACCUGCUGUCAACUAUUGAUCCUGUCCUAACCGAAUUUACGAAUCUAGCAAUACUAUAUCUCCAUGGCAACAAUAUCACAGAGCUGAAAGAGGUCAAUAAGCUGGCCAGUCUGAAGAAACUCUGGAAGUUGACACUGCAUGGAAAUGAUAUUGACAAAAUAAAGGGAUAUCGUCAGUAUGUUUUAUCAACUAUUCCCACCCUGGUGAACUUAGACUUCAGCACUGUAACCAAGGGAGACAGAGUCACAGCUGGAACAUGGCAAGCAUUUAACAGUGCACAGAGGUCCAAAAGAAUUUCACGCGAUUGA